CUGCCAAGACGCAGGGAGGAUACAAUCCUUGAUCUGAGUCCCCUUGCAUCCAAGACACAAGGACAAUGUUGGCAAGAAAGGGAAUCAUUCCAGAAGAGUAUUUAUUGACCAGGCUGGUGGAAGAUGACCUCUCUCAGCCUCACUACCAAACCAAGUCCAGGAAAGCUCGCUUUAUCACCAAGAGUGGAGGCUGCAAUGUGGCUCACAAGAACAUCCGUGAGCAAGGCCGCUUCCUUCAAGAUGUCUUCACCACUUUGGUGGACCUCAAGUGGCCUUACACGCUUGUGAUCUUCACGAUGUCCUUCCUAUGCAGUUGGAUGCUUUUCGCGAUGCUUUGGUGGCUCAUUGCCUUUGCCCAUGGUGACCUGGACACCCAUCAGGACAAUAUUGUUCCCUGCAUCACCAGCAUCACAUCAUUUGCAUCCGCCUUCCUCUUCUCCAUCGAGGUCCAGGUGACCAUCGGAUUUGGAGGCAGAAUGGUGACCGAGGAAUGCCCCUUGGCUAUCACCGUCCUGAUCCUCCAGAACAUCUCGGGCCUCAUUGUCAAUGCAGUCAUGCUGGGCUGCAUCUUUAUGAAGACUGCCCAGGCGAACCGAAGAGCAGAAACCAUCAUUUUCAGCAAGUAUGCAGUAAUCGCUCAGAGAAAUAAGAAAUUGUGCUUUAUGUUCCGGGUAGGGGACUUGAGAAAGAGUAUGAUCAUUAGUGCCACUAUCCAAAUGCAACUGGUUAAGAAGACCACCACUCAGGAAGGUGAGGUUAUCCCCAUCUCCCAGAUUGACAUCCAAGUGGAGAACCCAGUUGGUAUCAAUGCGAUCUUCUUGGUUUCUCCCCUCAUCAUUAGUCACACCAUUGAUAAGAAGAGCCCGCUCUAUGACUUAUCAGCAGCUGGCCUCCAACAAGAGGACCUUGAGGUAGUGGUCAUCCUUGAAGGGGUGGUGGAGACCACAGGCAUCACCACCCAGGCGAGGACAUCCUAUUUGCCGGAUGAGAUACUUUGGGGCCACAGAUUUGUGCCGAUUGUGACGGAAGAAGAGGGAAGGUACUCGGUUGAUUAUUCCAAGUUUGGCAACACCACAAGGUCCAAAACGCCACUGUGCAGUGCCAGAGAACUGGAAGCACAGGAGAGAAGUCAAAACCAAACGCACAAUGGCCCCAACCUGCCAAUGAGUGCCCUCAGGGAAAGAUAUUUCUCCAAGUCUGUCAGUUUCCCUGGAACACGCCUGAAAUCAUCUGUGCGUUUUCAAUCCCUGGAAUCUUUGCCAGAUUUAGAGUCACAAGAGGGAAUUGAGUCAAAGUCAUUGCUCCUCUGA